GCCUGGUCCCAGGAAGUGAACGUAGGACGUGGAAGCAGCCUGCCGAGGAGCGUUUCGUUUAAUUCGGCAGCGUAACACCAUGGCGGCGCGAUGCCCGGAGAAGCUGGCCUCUCUCUAUCAGCGCUAUGAGGAAUAUGUCACAAAAAAUCCGGCAGCCACUGCCCAGCUGGAGAGCACGGUCCGGACGCUAUCCUAUCUCAUUGCUGGUCGAUUUGCAGAUUCUCAUGAACUGUCAGAGUUAGUGUACUCGGCCUCCAAUUUGCUUGUGCUGUUGAAUGAUGGCAUACUGCGCAAUCGACUGUCCUGCACCCGUCCUCUGCCCGUAUCACAGAAGAAACUGCUCACUUGGCUGACCAUCCUUGAGUAUGUGGAGGUCUUCACCGAGAUGGGAGCAACCAAACUGUGGGGUGAAGGGGGGCGUUGGCUGGUCAUUGUUCUCAUCCAGAUAGCAAAAGCAGUUCUCCGCAUCCUGCUUCUGUUCUGGUACAAGUCCGGCAUCCAGACGUCUCCUCCCAUCGUUCCCUUGGACAGGGAUACUCAGCUACAAGAAAAAGAAGCAGAGGAUGAGGAAGACGUGUCCUUUGUGGGCCAGCGAUCUGGAAGAGUAAUGCGACCUUUGGCCAGUGGUCCUUCACAGCACAUCCGUCUCUGGGGGGCCCCAAAGCGGGUCAGGAGACACGGCCAUCAGGAAGACGAUGCUUCCCACCCCCCCACGCCCCUGGGCCUACAGGAGACGAUUGCAGAAUCCCUGUAUAUCGCACGGCCCCUAGUGCACUUGCUCUUCCUUGGACUUUGUGGAAGACGGUCAUGGAAGCCAUGGCUAGUAUCUGGGAUUCUGGAAAUAACAAGUUUUGGUCUGAUGAAUGACACAAAGUUGCUGAAUCGACGGGAGCAAGCAGAGAUGAGACGCAGGGCAUUCCUCCUGUUCUACUACCUGCUCAGGUCCCCGUUCUAUGACAGAUACUCUGAGACGAAGAUUCUGUUUCUGCUGCAGUUGUUGGCAGACAACAUCCCAGGAGUUGGAUUAGUUGCACGUCCUUUAAUGGAGUACUUACCAAUAUGGCAGAAGAUUUAUUUUUACAACUGGGGUUGAGACUCUCAAUCUAAAAAUGGUCUGAAAACAAUGUCACCAAAAGGAUCACAGCAGAGAAUUGUUUGGAGCAAAUACAGAGAAAUUGCUUCAACCCCAUGCAAGUCUGCGAUAGCGUCUGCAAAAAAUGCACGAGAGUUUGAAUCAGUGGUACAAACUUCGUUGUACUACAUGUGGGCAGCUCAGUUUUUUCCUCUUUUUAUAUAUUCUGGAUGUGAUUUCUUAAUUUUUGUCAUCAUUGCAGGAAAAGUGUGAUACAGGCUUCAUUUUGGAUUUUUUUUUUUGGAAACAAUUCCAUAUUUUUCUCACAGAAUGUAAAUGAUUGCCCAGUAAUCCACUGGUUUAUAUGGGAGUGAUAAGUACAAGUUGCUUUAACAAGUUUCUUCAUUCUGCUGGAAGGUCACUAAGUUCUUGAAUGUGUGUGGUCAUUCCUGUAAGCUGAAUGAAAGCACUUCUCUGAUGAAGUUUUGUAAUGGCCAUUUAUACACCACCAGGGUAACACAUCAUCUUAGGGCCAUAGGACUAACUAGAAUGAGAUGGCUGGUUAUCUAAUGAGUUUUUUUCACCAUGUGAAAAGUACUUUUGUUUGUUCCCAAGAAAAAAGAAAAUAUUAAACUUUUUAAAUGUUUUCCCAAUGAGAAUUCAGACUUGGAAAUUUUUCAUGAGAAUGUAUGUAAAAAUGAUUUUAUAUAAAAUGAGUAAAUAGUCAAUGAAUAAAAACAGUCCUACCAAGUGUA